GAAUCUCCACGACAACCGGCGGUGAUGGGUAGACCCCAGUGAUAAAAUGGCAAAGUUGAGUGAAGAUGCCUCAACCCAAAGUCAAGUUGGUGGUCACAGGGGACGAUUUUGGGUACUGUGACAGAAGAAACCGUGGAAUAGUUGAUUGUUUCCUUUCUGGAGGAAUUUCUAAUGUGUCACUACUGGUUAACGCCACCUCGGCUGAAGAUGCGGCUGAGCUGGCUAAAAGACAUCACAUCCCAAUUGGACUCCAUGCUAAUCUGUCAGAGGGUUUGCCUGUGUCUCCGGAUUUGGAGGGCUCCUCUCUCCUGAACAAGGAUGGGGUUUUCCAUGGGAAGAUGGGAUUUCGGAAAGUUUUACAGAGUGGCAAGCUAAACAUGUCUGAGGUGGAGACGGAACUCCGUGCACAGGUGAAGCGCUUUCGCGAUCUCACGGGUCACCUUCCAGCCCACAUGGACGGCCAUCAACACGUCCAUGUGCUUCCAGAGGUGAGGGAGGUGUUUGCCCAGGUCCUCUCGGAUUUCGGGAUCAUGUUUACACGUGUUCCUGUGGAACCUGGCCUCCACUCCUGCACCUCUUUACCGUCGCACCUCCUCGACUUCUACACACAGGUGGAGCAAGACGCCCUCCAGUCUGUCGAGGUCUUCCGUCGCCAUGGCAUCAGAUGGCCAGACGUAUACCUCGGUCUGAGCACCAUGGGACAGAACAUGUCCGUUCCGAACCUCAAACGGGCUUUGGCCUACACGCUGGUCAGUAGGACUUCACUCAAGUCUAACGGAUUCACCACACCCCCUCACAUUGUGCGCAACAAUGAUAUCAGUACCUCUGACUCUGACCAGCCAAUCACAGCUGAGCUGAUGGUGCACCCUGGAUAUCCGAGCCAUCCACAACAAGGAGGGUGUGGCCAGGGGCCCGAUGACUUCUCUCAGUCCUUGGAUCGACAACAUGAGCUGGAGACCCUGACCAAUCCGUCUCUGCUUGUUUUCUACCAACAGCAGAACAUUCACCUCUGUGCCUUCAAAGAUCUUUAA